AUGGGUGCACCCGGGACUGCUAUGGACUCGCUGAGUGCUGCAUUAAAGUGCAAUAUAAUCCCAAAUCAAGAAUACCUUCUCCAAGGCUCAGUUCUGGAUCAGUAUGUAGAAGUUUUAUUACACCGCUUAAGAGGGUUAUGUGAUAAUGUAGACAGCGGGCCGGAGUCCUUUCAAGAUCACGAAUUAUGUUUUACGCUAAGGGCUGCAAAUCCGAGUCCCACCUCGAUAGCAUUACCUUUGAGGGUUAGAAGGGCAUUAGAUGUGGCUGAUGCACCUUGGCAAUUAAGAUAUGUUGGUCAACAAGAGUUGGGAGACAAAAGUAGGCCUACAGUGGUGAGAUCCAGUAUAGAUAUGGCAUGUACUUCCACAAUUGUAGAGUUUUUAACUGAAUUGGGGUGCAGAGUGGACUUUGAAUACACAGCUAGAGGGUACAUGUUCAGAAAGGGUAGAAUGAAGAUCACUGUUUCAAAGAUAUUUAAAGUUGGGGGGAUGCCUAAUAAACCAGAGGGAUUGGAGCCUAUUUCACAAAGUUACUUGGUGGAAUUAUCUGUUUUGGCGCCAUCUGGUCAGGAUGCCAUAGCAGAAGAUAUGAGGAUUUUUGCUGAACAAUUAAGGCCAUUGGUACAACUCGAAAAAAUUGAUUAUAAGAGGCUAGGAAAUUAA